UCCAGAGUUCGAGAAGACAGCACCACCAGCAACGUCCGCCAGUCAGUACUAUCGCAGUACUGUCCAGGAAAGUUUAUUAGAAUUUCGGUUCCUCCCACGCAUUUUGUGUGUGGCAUUACGCAAAUUAUAAAAAAAGGUCAACUUAUCGUGUCCUUUUUUUAAAAAAGUGAAUUAAAAAACUUAUAACAUCCUUGUGAAAAAAAAUUAAAAAAAAAUAAAAAUGUCGAAACCCCAAACCGAUGCCGAUCGUCGGAAACAGAUCAGUGUCCGCGGUAUCGUCGAAGUUGGCAAUGUGACCGAAGUUAAGAAGAGCUUCAACCGUCAUUUGCAUUACACUUUAGUUAAGGAUCGUAAUGUCGCCACAUCGAGGGAUUAUUACUUCGCAUUGGCAAACACCGUCAAGGAUAACAUGGUCUCGAGAUGGAUUCGGACACAACAGCAUUACUAUGAGAAGGAUCCCAAGCGUGUCUACUAUCUCUCUCUGGAGUACUACAUGGGUCGUUCCUUACAGAACACCAUGAUUAAUUUGGGAAUUCAGAGUGAAUGUGAGGAAGCCAUGUACCAAAUUGGUUUGGACAUUGAAGCCCUCGAAGAAAUGGAAGAAGAUGCCGGUUUGGGUAAUGGAGGAUUGGGCCGUUUGGCUGCUUGUUUCCUUGAUUCCAUGGCAACUCUUGGUUUGGCUGCCUAUGGUUAUGGUAUUCGUUAUGAAUACGGUAUUUUCGCUCAAAAGAUUCGCAAUGGAGAACAAGUGGAAGAGCCCGAUGAUUGGUUACGUUAUGGUAACCCAUGGGAAAAGGCCCGUCCCGAAUUCAUGUUGCCAGUUAACUUCUAUGGUCGUGUCAUCGAUGAAGCCGGUGGCAAGAAAUGGGUUGACACUCAAGUUGUCUAUGCCAUGCCAUACGAUAAUCCAAUCCCUGGAUAUGGCAACAAUGUUGUUAACACUCUCCGUUUGUGGUCGGCUAAGAGUCCAAUUGACUUUAAUUUGAAGUUCUUUAACGAUGGUGAUUAUAUCCAAGCUGUGCUGGACCGCAACUUGGCUGAGAACAUCUCUCGUGUGCUCUAUCCCAACGAUAACUUCUUCGAAGGCAAGGAACUCCGUUUGAAGCAGGAAUACUUCAUGUGUGCUGCAACCCUUCAAGAUAUUAUCCGUCGUUACAAAUCAUCCAAGUUCGGAUCACGCGAAGCUGUUCGCAACAACUUCGAUCACUUCCCAGACAAGGUUGCUAUCCAAUUGAACGACACACAUCCUUCAUUGGCCAUCCCCGAAUUGAUGCGUAUUCUCCUCGAUGAAGAGAGGUUGCCAUGGGACAAGGCAUGGGAAAUUACCACCAAGACAUGUGCUUACACCAAUCACACCGUCUUGCCAGAAGCCUUGGAACGCUGGCCCGUAUCUUUGUUGGAGUCGAUUUUACCACGUCACUUGCAAAUCAUCUACCACAUCAACUUCUUGCACAUGGAAGAGGUUAAGAAGCAUUUCAAUGGAGACAUGGAGCGCAUGCGUCGCAUGUCCUGCGUUGAGGAAGAUGGUGAGAAGCGUAUCAACAUGGCUCAUUUGUCCAUUGUUGGUUCCCACGCUGUCAACGGUGUGGCCGCCAUCCAUUCUCAGAUCCUGAAGGAUGCCCUUUUCCAUGACUUCUAUGAAAUGACUCCCAAGAAGUUCCAGAACAAGACCAACGGUAUUACCCCCCGUCGUUGGUUGUUGCUCUGCAACCCUGGCUUGUCCGAUCUGAUCUGCGAGAAGAUUGGAGACGAAUGGCCAGUUCAUUUGGAACAGUUGGCUGCUUUGAAGAAGUGGGCCAAGGACCCCAACUUCCAGAGGAAUGUUGCCCGCGUCAAGCAAGAAAACAAACUUCGUUUGGCUGAACACCUCGAGGCCGAUUACAAAAUCAAGGUCAACCCCGCUUCCAUGUUUGACAUCCAAGUCAAGCGUAUCCAUGAGUACAAACGUCAACUCUUGAACUGCUUGCACAUCAUUACCAUGUACAACCGCAUCAAGAAGGACCCCUCAGCCAAGUUCACCCCACGUACCGUGAUGAUCGGUGGCAAGGCCGCUCCAGGUUACUAUGUAGCCAAGCAGAUCAUCAAGCUGAUCUGUGCUGUAGGAAACGUCGUCAACAACGAUCCAAUUGUCGGAGACAAAUUGAAGGUUAUCUUCUUGGAGAACUACCGUGUCACCCUGGCUGAACGUAUCAUGCCUGCAGCUGAUUUGUCUGAGCAAAUUUCCACUGCUGGUACUGAAGCUUCGGGUACCGGAAACAUGAAAUUCAUGUUGAACGGUGCUCUGACUGUCGGAACUCUUGAUGGUGCUAACGUUGAGAUGGCCGAGGAAAUGGGCAAUGAGAACAUCUUCAUCUUCGGUAUGACUGUCGAUGAAGUCGAAGCUCUUAAGAAGAAGGGAUACAAUGCCUACGAUUACUACAACAGCAACCCAGAAAUCAAACAGUGCGUUGACCAAAUCCAGGGAGGUUUCUUCAGCCCAAGCAAUCCCAAUGAAUUCAAGAACAUCGCCGAUAUUCUUUUGAAAUAUGACAGCUAUUACUUGUUGGCUGACUUUGCCGCUUACAUCAAGGCACAAGACUUGGUCUCCAAGACCUAUCAAGAUCAAUCUAAAUGGUUAGAGAUGUCAAUUAACAACAUCGCAUCCAGCGGUAAAUUCUCAUCAGAUCGUACUAUUGCUGAAUAUGCCCGCGAAAUCUGGGGUGUUGAGCCCUCAUGGGAGAAGCUGCCAGCUCCAACUGAUGCAGCAAACUAAAUUGUUAUGUAAUUUUUUAUUUUAAUUUAUAGUAAAAGCCAUAUAAUAAAACUCGAAAAACAUAGAAGAACUGCCAAAAAUUAAGCAGGUUUCGCAAAAUAAAA